ACUUUCUUAAGACAAGCAGCUCAGAUUCAGAAGCUCAUCCACAGCUCAAAAGACCCGAAAUAUUGGAAAGAUCCCAAGUUUAUAUUAUAUAUAUGAAUGUAUAUGUCGGACGGUUGAGAUUGAUUCUUGUGCAUCCAUUGUCAUGGCGUCGGCAGCGUUGAACACGAUCGAGCGGGCGCACCAGAUGUACCGGGACGGACGGUACUCGGAGGCGCUAGGGUUUUACACGGAGGCCCUGGAGAUGGCUAAAACCAAGCCUCAAAUGAUUGCUCUCCAUAGCAACCGGGCCGCCUGCUUUCUCAAACUUCACGAUUUCAAAAAGGCAGCAGAAGAAUGUACCUCAGUGCUUGAGCUUGAUCACAAGCACAGUGGAGCACUAAUGCUGCGGGCCCAGACACUUGUCACCCUUAAGGAGUAUCAGUCGGCGCUUUUUGAUGUCAACAGGCUUUUGGAUUUGAAUCCAUCAUCAGAAGUUUAUCAAAACCUUCAAGCUCGUUUGAGGACACAAUUGUCACUUGCUCCAAUAGCUGAAUCUGAAGCAGAGCUAGAAGAAGAGGAAGAAUACAAAGAUGAAGCAGAACCAAAUGGCAAUGAAGAAGACGAACAAUACAAAGAAGAAGAAAAUGCAAUAGUUACAGUAGGAACAGCUCAGAAAACUGAGCUUAAAGAGACCAUCAUUUGUGCUGAAGUUAAAGUGCCUGAGACACAGAGGUCUAAGGAAUCAUAUGAACAAGAAAGAGAUAAAUCUGAGCCUAAAAAGAUCUCUUGUGCUGCUGUCUCUAUUGCACCUGAAGUGGAGAGCAACAAGGAACCAUUUGAACAAGAUUCUAAAGGAUGGCAAACAAUUCCAAAACCAAAGGGACACUCAACUCUAGACUAUGCAAGAUGGGACAGAGUUGAAGAUGAUUCUAGUGAAGAAGAAGAUGACGAUGAAGAAGAGUCUCAGCCACAGUAUAGGUUUCGUGUAGGAACCAUUGGUGUGCGACCAGUAAAGUAAGAAGGCCAUAUAUACAUGUAGAUGACUGUUUUGGUCCCCAACAUCAGCACAAAGAGAAGUCAAAUCCUCACUGAGACUAAAAAAGAGGUAGUGGGAGACUUCCAUGUGAGCCUGUCAUGUCCAAACUUUGAAAACUAGGAACUACCAGCUUUGAUUGGUUGGUGACCUUGGCAAUGGAACAGUUGAAUGCAUGAGCAAUGCGAACGCUUGAUUUCAACGUUGUUUCUCCUGUUGUACAGCAAUUUGAAUCCUUUAUUCUUCCUAAGAGCGUCUUCAAGUGGGGGGAGACAGUGCUAACAGUUGGAUUUGUACUGAUUGAAAACUACCUUGAGUCCAGGUAUGUAUCGAUUCUGGCGACAUAAUUAUGUGCCUGUAUUUGUAAUUCAUGAUAUCUCCCGAUAACUCUUUUAUCAUAGGGAAUGCUCGGGUGAGGGAAUACUUGGUACUGAUCAGUUUUGGCAUAGUCGAUGUGUAGGUAUUCAAUACAUCAUUGCUUUUCCUGCAAUUUCAACUGAACUUGAGCUUGGCUUCUAUAUU